AUGACUCCAAUCGCUUCCCCCGCCGCGCCUCAUCUCCCCGCCUCUCACUCCGCCAGCCCCCUUGCGCCGCCGCCGCCCCCCGCGCCUUCCGCGGGCUUUGCGCCGCCGCGCAGCUCCCCCGCGCCGAUCGCGCGCCUGUCGUUCGGCUCCGUGUGGCCCAAGGCGCGCGACGAGGCGAUCGAGGUGGCGAAAGAAUUCCCCAACGGCGACACGUACUACGGCGGAUGGUUACUCGUCGGCGGCGGGUUACCACACGGCCUCGGGUGUUACACCUGGGGCGACGGGAGCGUGUACGAGGGGGAGUGGGUCAAGGGGCAGAAAAACGGGCAGGGAAUGUUUUUAUGGCCCUCGGGGGCAAGAUAUCAGGGGGAAUGGAAAAAAGGGCAGAUGCAAGGAGUGGGGACGUAUUGGGGCGCGGACGGGUCUUUUUAUACGGGCAACUGGGCAGCCGGAAUUAAGCACGGGCUGGGCAGAAAAAUUUACCCUAACGGGGAUUCGUACGAGGGAUUCUGGAGCUGGGGCGCGGCGGAAGGUCCGGGGCGGUACAAAUGGCGGAACGGAAACGAGUAUUUCGGGGAGUGGAAGGCGGGAACCAUGAGCGGAUUUGGCGCGUUUGCAUGGGCGAGUGGGGAUAGGUUUGAGGGGGAGUGGGAGGGCGGGUAUGAGCAUGGGCCGGGGACGUUUGUAUGGGCGGAUGGGAGUAGGUAUGAGGGGACGUGGAGCCAUGGGUUGAAGGAUGGGAAAGGGGUGUUUUACCCUGCGGGGUAUAGGUCCGAGGAUGGAGUGCUUGGAGGGGGUAGAUCGGGGGAAGAGGGGGCGGAAGGGGAGGCGGAGGUGGGGAGGUGGUCGAGUGGGGGGGAGAGGGAGUGUGCGCCGUGGGAUGGUGAGGGGAGUGGGGAUGAGGGGCAGAGGAGGGAAGCGGAGGGGGGAGGAGGAGAGAGAGGAGAUCGAGAGAGAGGAGGGAGAGAGGGGGAGGGAGGGAGGGAAGGGCAGAGCGAAUGUGGGGCAUUGGAAGGUUCGGAGCAAGGGAGGGUGCCGAGAGCUGUUUCGCACGACAGCUAUGUUAGCAGCAGCAAGAACCGAACCUCCAGCACAGGUUCGGCCUUGGUCGGUUCUGCAGGCUUGGUAGAAGCCGGAGGUCCGGUGGCUGGCCCGGGGGAAUCCGUGGCUCGUGGUUUGGCGGAGCAGGGGAUAGGCCAUGGGGGGGAUGGGAGUGGGAACGUUGAGGGCGGGAGUGGGAGGGCGGAGGGUGGGUGUGAAUCCGAGGUGGGGUGGAAAGGGGGGCAGCAGCACGGGGAGCAGCCGCAGGGGGAUGAGCAACAGGGGGCUCAAGAGGAGCAGCAAGAGCAAGAGCUCAUCUGCGUGCCCAGUGCUCUGCCUGUCGCUGUCUCAAGCCUUGCAGGCUCUGAUACCACACUCGCCACAACACAUGCACCGAGGCUCGUCUCACCACCCGAUGCUUCUGCUGCUGCCACUGAUGCCAAUACUGGUCUAUUCACCCCAGUUUUGGAGCCCGUUCAAGGGAUCGGCGGCAGCAGCAGCAGCAUCAGCAGCAGCGGCGGUGCCACUGGCUCUGACCGUCGCGCGUCACGUGCUAGCACUGGUGAUGCCUCUUCUGCUGCCAUUGUGGCCCCUCAUAAGUCCUCACGUGAUGCCUCUUCUGCUGCCAUUGUGGCCCCUCAUAAGUCCUCACGUGAUGCCUCUUCUGCUGCCAUUGAGGCGCCUCCUCAAAAGCCGUCACGUGCUAGCACUGGUGAUGCCUCUUCUGCUGCCAAUGCCUCGUCUACUACAGUCACCCCCCCUGCUGCCAAUACCCCUUCUGUUGCCAAUAACGCUUCUACUGUCAAUACCCCGAUGGCUGUUGCUGUGAGUGCCGCGUCUGCUGAUCGAACCUUACGAAGGAGGAGAAGCGGGAACGAUGCCAGUAACGAGGGUGACAUAAACGAGGGGGAUUUAGGAGAUUCUGUGUGGGGGUUGGCGGCUCACAGGAGGCUAGGCUCGGCUGAAUCCUCCCUUCCCCACUCCACCUCCUUCCCCGAACGUAAGCCUCUGGUUACAACUAUUGGUACACCUACGGUUACAAGUGCGGGUGCACCCACGGUUACAUCUGCAGGUACUCCGACGGUUACAACUGCGGGUACACCCACGGUUACAACACUGGGCACGCCGACGCAGCGGAUAGCGGAGUGGGCGCGGCGAGUGAGCAUAGAGAGGCAGCUUGUAGAGGGGACAAGGGCGCUAGACCAGGAGCUGGGGCAGCAGGCGGCACAGCAGGAGCAGCUUUGGAGCGGCCCUCUGCGAGCCCUGAGAAUGCUACGCACUGGGAGUUACGGCCAGAGCCCCAGUGAUGGUGGUAACGGUGUUGUUGUUAAUGGUGGUGGUGGUGGUGAGGGUGAUAGUAACGAGGGCAACGGUGAGGGUGGUUGGGGUAGUGGCAGUGGUAUCAGGAGGAGUGGGACGGACGGCGGUGCCAUAGCUGGUGUUUUGGAGCCGGAGGGGUUGGCAGAAAGGAAAAGCACACCAGAUGUGGGAGUGGGGAGAGUAAGGGGAGUAAGGGGAGUGAGGGGAGUGAGGGGAGUGGAGGGAGGGAGAGGGAUUGCAGAGGAGAGGGGAUUAAGCAGAGGUGGGUUGCCUUUGGCGGGUAAGAGUCUUAGCUUGAGGGAUGACCGGCUGUUGAAACUCGAACCUGUUGACGCGAGGAAGGUUUGGGGGAGCUUCCGGACCGGGCGGGAGGCUCGGUCGGAGGCUCGGAUGGAGGGUCGGGCGGAGGCUCGGUCGGAGGUUCGGGUGGCGAGCGAGUGGGUGGAGAGUGUGUUGGGAGGGGAGGAGGAUGGAGGGGAAGGUGGGGGUGGUUGGGGGACGAGAGGGAGGCGAGGGAGGGGCGGAUUGGGUUGGAUUAGUCACGGACGGAUUUAUGAGGAUUCAAAGACAACUCGUACAGCAAGUAAUGGAGCAGGGGAUUGGGAUGGUGUUAUCGAGGAGGAGAGUGAGAGUGUGGGUGGUGGGGGUGAUGCAGAGGGGAAUGGGGAGGAGGAAGGGGGGGAGGGGGAGGGAGAGGAUGAAGCGGAGGAGGAAGCAUAUGGGUCUGAAACAGAAGGGGAGGGGGAGGAGGAUGAGGAGGAGGAGGAAUCAGAUGAUUCUUCUGUUGAGCGUGACAAUGAGGGAGAGGAGGGCCGAGAGUUGGUCAGGGGAGUUGUGGGCACAGGGGGGAUUGGAACAGAAGAGGGGGGAAUGCAAGCAGCCGAAGGGGUGAGUAGAGCGGGAGAGAAGGGAAGCGCAGCAGCGGGCGCGGGCGCGGGGAUGACUGCAGCAGGGGGCGUAGGAGGGAGCGUGGGAGGGAGUGUGGGAGGGCGCGUGGGAGGGAGUGCAGGGGGUACAGCGAAGCAGCACAAGAUGGCGAGGCUGGUGACCAUGGGACCUGUGCCGGGCCGCAGCGUGGCUUACCACGAGCCGGGGCGGGUGGGCGUGGUGCCAUCUCACGAGCCCGGGCGGGGAGGUUUGGCAUCUCAUGAGUCCGGGCGGGGAGGCGUGGCAUCUUCUGAGCCGGGGCGGAGAGUGGUGGGGUAUGUUGAGCCAGGGGGAGGGGUGGCGAGUGAAGAGGUGUCUCGAUCUGGCCCGCUGUGCAUCCGAGUCGCUUCUGACACUGCUGGCGUGCGAGGUGAGGGGUUGAGUGCGAGGUGGCGAGGGGUCAGCAUCAGCGUCGCUCAUCACCUCUCCCAUGUUCAGCACGAGCCAGGCAGUGGGAGGGCCCACAGGGGCAGGACCAGGGGGCAGCAGGCCGAAACCAAGCACGAGGAGGGGAACGGUGUUGGUGGGGAAGGGUCAGCAUCAGCGUCGCUCAUCACCUCUCCCAUGUUCAGCACGAGCCAGGCAGUGGGAGGGCCCACAGGGGCGGGGCAGGGGGGCAGCAGGCCGAAGCCGCACACAAGGAGGGGAACGGUGUUGGUGAGGGAGUAUGUGCAAGGGGUGCUCGUGUCCGAGACGGCCAAGAGCGACAAGACCGUGCUGCCUCGGAACAAGGGGCCGAGGCGGGAGGGCAAGAAGGCGGGCGAGUUGAUAUACAAAGGCCAUCUGUCAUACGACCUCAUGGUCACCCUGCAACUCGGCUUGCGCUACUCCAUAGGGCGCAUGGGCUUGGACUCAGUGAGGGAGUUGAGAGAGAGCGAUUUCUCGCAGCAUGCGGGGCCAAGGGCUGUGCGCUUCCCCCCGGAGGGCUCUCAGAUCACUCCCCCGCACCAAGUGGCUCCUUUCAAGUGGCGCGAUUUCUGCCCUGCCGUCUUCAGGGAGCUGCGGGCGCUGUUCGGAGUGGACCCGUCAGACUACAUGCUAUCGCUGUGCGGCGACACGGCACUGAGGGAGCUGUCCUCCCCGGGCAAGUCUGGCAGCGUCUUCUAUCUCUCCCACGACGAUCGCUUCAUUAUCAAAACCAUGCGCCGAGCAGAAGUGCAUGUGCUCCUGAGAAUGCUGCCAGCAUACCACGAGCACGUGAAGCAGUACGAGCACACUCUCCUCACCCGGUUCUUCGGCCUGCACAGCUGCAAGAUUUACAAGCCAUCCACCGGCAGCACCAUGAUCCGAUUCGUGGUGAUGGGAAACCUCUUCAACUCAGACGUGCGGCUGCACCGCCGCUUCGACCUCAAGGGCUCAUCGCAGGGGCGCAGCAUGGACAAGGUGGCGAUCGAUGAGACCAUGACGCUCAAAGAUCUCGAUCUGGACCUCGCCUUUAGGCUGCACGGGGGAUGGAGAGACCUGCUGCUCAGGCAAAUGGCAGCGGAUUGUCAUUUCCUCCAGUCCCAACGCAUCAUGGAUUACAGUCUCCUAUUAGGCGUGCAUUUCCGAGCCACGGACCCGCCCCCCCCUAUAGUCACCAUCGCUGAAGGCAAGUCCUCCUCCUCCUCCGCGCUCCUGUUUUCCGCGCGUGAACCCCCAAUGGGAGGGGCAAACGGGUUGCUUAUGCAGUUCGGAGGUGGGGUGGUCGGGGGAGGGGGUGGGGGAGAGGGAGCAUUUGGGGGAGUGGGAGGAGUGAGUGUGGGGGUGGGGGGAGUGAGUGUGGAGGAGGGGGAAGAGGGCGUGUAUACUCCUGGGUCUGAGCCUCAGCCAUUGCCGCCUUGGGCUAGUGAGGCGAAGGGAGGGGGGACAGGAAGCAAAGGAGGGGGAGGAGGAAAAGGGGGUGGUGGAGUGAGAGGGGUAGGGGAAGCGGGAGGGGAAGGGGGAGCAGCUGGGGGUGUUGAUUUGAAAGCAGCAAAGACAGUAGGGGCAGAUUCAGGGGCGGGUUCAGUGAGUGGGAGGAAGAAAGGGCUUGGGGCAGCUGGAGGUCCGGUAGGGAAGGUGAGCAGAGGGAAGAGGUUCGGUAAUCGGGUUAGAAAGCCUCAUUCUGCCCCAACCUCGCACGAGAACCUGGCUCUGCUCGGGCCUUCCGAGCCUGGGCCGCCGAACCUGCAGGCGAGGCUCGCAUGCCAGGAAGCGAGAGUGGGCACAGGGGGAGGAGGGGGUGAGGCGGAGUGCAGAAGAGAAGGGUGUUCGUUAGGGCAGCAGGCAGAGGCAGUGGGAGGGGAGAGGGUGAGCGAUGGGUGCGCGAUGGGGGGGGAUGCGGUGAGAGGGGGUGUGCUGACUCCUCCUCUUCAUGGGGGCACUCCCGCCUCCAACCCCCUCCCAGCACCGCCUGCCGCUCCUGGAAACGCCGCCGCCGCCCCAGGUGAUUCUUCAGUGGGGGCGUUACGCUCCCCCACACCCAAAAGGCAGAGCCACGUGAAGCGAGGGGGGGGCCUGUCUGUGCCUGCUAGUCCGUGGCUGCACCCUGUGCUGGGGAAGGUGCAGGUGCAGCCGCAGCAGGACGAAGGGGGGCAGGGGGAGCAGAUUCAGGGCCCGGGAGGGCAGCAGCAGCAGCAGCAGGAAGGGCAGCAGGGGCAGCUGCAGCAACCCAGACGGCCCUCUGAGCCUCUGUCAGCACCAGCUCAGGUGCCGAUCAGAGACCCCACCGGGGCAGAGGCGUAUGAGGUGGUGCUGUACGUAGGUAUCAUUGAUAUCCUGCAGGAGUACGACUACACGAAGAAGGUGGAGCAUUUCUACAAGUCCAUUCAGUACGACAGCCACUCCAUCUCUGCCGUCGAUCCCACGCUCUACGCCUCGCGCUUUCAAGACUUCAUCAAGCUCACCUUCCCCACUGCUUGA